AGGUCAACGAGUACUUGGAGGAGCUGACCAGCCAAGCCGUAGCACAGGUGCAGCACAUGGAGAGGGCGGAGAAUCGGACGUAUCGGCGCAAGAUAGCGGCGCUCCAACAGACUGCUGUGGUUACCCGUAUGAUGGAGGAAAAGAUGAAGGACAAGGCCAGGCAUCGCUUUACCGCCACCGAUGUGCAGCUCAGCUGUCGGGGGUGUUUCACUCCCGUCGCCCACGGAAACGACAUCAGAGUCAUAGAGAACUCACAUCACGUCAUCGUGAACCCUGACUUUAAGAUGUACUUCAGAACUGGAGGACAAGUACCCUUGGAAAGACAUUUUGAAGACUGGGAGCCCGGACGAAAGAUCAUCUGUGCUAAAUGUAGAAAGGACUGGGGUAUGGAGAUCAAGUUUAAGAGAGUGGUUGUUCUUCCCUGUAUAAAUGUUAAGAGCUUCUCUAUCAAGACUCCGCAAGACACCAGGUCUCCUAAGAAGUGGAAGGACGUGCCUUUUCCAGUAGAAGAGUUUGACUUUCUCAAGUAUGUCGAUUCCGUGGGCCUCGGCCUUGACCUAGACUGAACCAGAUACUGCUCUAACACCACGGAUGCAUGGUGAAUGCAUGGUGGAUGCAUGCGACAUGGUCAAAUGUAUGAUAUAGAAAAUUAUGAAAUGCUGAAAAUGAAAUCGUCUUUCCUGGGGCCCAGCACCUUAUUAUCUCACACUCCAAUCUCUUUUUUGAGUUGCUAUUAUGAAAACAAAGCACGGUGGGCAUUCAGAGCACAGUGGGUAUUUUAACGUAUUUGGACUAACGGAGGUGAUCGCUCUGGACUCCAGUCCACUAUCAUAUGUAAAUAAAUAGUCAUGUGAAUGUAAUUAUGGUCUUUUGAGAGCUGCAUUUGGCACCGUAACCACUAGGUGUUGAUGUUGUGCAAUAUUUUUCGUCAAAUUGUCUUUUCAGAAGUUUCCUGUUCAACCAGGACUUCAACAAAUCGGGUUAUUGAGACUAUUAAAUGAGGAUAUGUUUAAGAUCACUUAUGACUGUGAACCUUAGUCUUUCUAAAGUAAUUAUCUAAAGAUAAAGUUACAAAGCAGUAACCCAGAGUGACCCAUUUGUGUUUCACUCAAAAUUUAGAUUACAUUAUUUGUAUAUAGGUUGCUGUAUGAUGUAUGGAUUUUCUAUGGAUUUUACUGGUUUGCAUCUGCUGUCAUUAUUAAGUUAUCAAUCAUGUCUAUACUUUCAAAAAGGAUACUGGAAAAAUAUCGUGCAGUUAGUGUAACAACUACAAUUUCAUUAAUCAAGAAGUGAUGCAUCACUGUGUGACAUUAUCAUCUCUGAAAAUGAUUGACUGAUCUAUGAAAUCUCCUCUUUAAGAAAACCAAGUGAAUAAAGUUUUACCUAUGGCUUUGGUGUGCCACAAAAA